CGCCGCAGCUGAGGACGGGAGAGCACUCCCUUGGGGGGGUCUCCGGGUAGGGGGUACUUGCCCCCCCCCUUAGCUGGACAAUGAGUCCUCUUAUGCUAAUGAGCCGCUUACGUCACUUCCGCUCUUUCUCGGCCGCCAUUUUGGCUAGGGCAGGUUCGGGGACUUGCUCCGAGGCGCUUGUAUUGUCUGCUGAGGGGAGACGCGGGACCAGCCCCCUCCCCCCGCCCGCCGCAGCCGCCGCCACCGCCACCGCCGGCCCGGUCUACUCGCCGCCGCCGGGACCCAUGAGCUGAGCGCCCGCCCCCCGCCCGCCGCCAUCUUGGCCCCCUCCCCCUCCGGCCGCGCUCGGGGGGGAUUUGGCGUCUUCUCAGACACAGCUCCCUCUCUCGGUCUCCGCCGCCGAGGAGCCGCGCGGCCGCCGCCGCCCGCCCGCGACGGUGAAGCCGCGGCCCCACGCCCUCCGCCGCCCUCCGCCCCUCCUUUGUCUGCACUGCCCGCGCCGCCGCCCGCCGCUCUGCUGCGCCCGCCGCGCCCCCCGGCAGCAGCCGCGGCCGCGGCUCGAGCCGGAGCCCGAGCGCGACGAGGCCCCGGGCGCGUCCUCGCCGCCAUCGCCGUGCCGCCGUCCACCCGCCGCCGGGCCCUGGAGCACGCCGGCCCCGCGCACGCCUCGAGGCCGAGCCAAGGUGUGAGAUGCACAGUACGAAACCUAGGCCCCAACUUUUACACCGAGAUGCACAGGGUUGCACUCUUUGUACUGAACUGAUAGGUGGCCUAGUGGUUAUUCCCUGUACUGCCAUUUUGAGGAUCUGGACUCCGUUCCCUGCCUUGCUCUUUGGACUACAUUGUCAAUUCACACCGAAACUAUGUUCCAACUUCCUGUCAACAAUCUUGGCAGUUUAAGAAAAGCCCGGAAAACUGUGAAAAAAAUACUUAGUGACAUUGGGUUGGAAUACUGUAAAGAACAUAUAGAAGAUUUUAAACAGUUUGAACCUAAUGACUUUUAUUUGAAAAACACUACAUGGGAGGAUGUAGGACUGUGGGACCCUUCUCUUACGAAAAAUCAGGACUACCGGACAAAACCUUUUUGCUGCAGUGCUUGUCCAUUUUCCUCAAAAUUCUUCUCUGCCUACAAAAGUCAUUUCCGGAAUGUCCAUAGUGAAGACUUUGAAAAUAGGAUUCUCCUUAACUGCCCGUACUGUACCUUCAAUGCAGAUAAAAAGACUUUGGAAACACACAUUAAAAUAUUUCAUGCUCCAAACUCCAGCGCACCAAGUAGCAGCCUCAGCACUUUCAAAGAUAAAAACAAAAACGAUGGCCUUAAACCUAAGCAGGCUGACAAUGUAGAGCAAGCCGUGUAUUACUGCAAGAAGUGCACUUACCGAGACCCUCUCUAUGAGAUCGUCAGGAAGCACAUCUACAGGGAACAUUUUCAACACGUGGCAGCACCCUACAUAGCAAAGGCAGGAGAAAAAUCACUCAAUGGUGCAGUCUCCCUGGGCACAAAUACCCGAGAAGAGUGUAACAUCCACUGCAAACGAUGCCUUUUCAUGCCCAAGUCCUAUGAAGCUCUGGUACAGCAUGUCAUUGAAGACCAUGAACGGAUAGGCUAUCAGGUCACUGCCAUGAUUGGACACACAAAUGUUGUGGUUCCCCGAGCCAAACCCUUGAUGCUGAUUGCUCCCAAGCCUCAAGAAAAAAAGGGCAUGGGACUCCCACCAAGAAUCAGUUCCCUUGCUUCUGGAAAUGUCCGCUCUUUGCCAUCACAGCAGAUGGUAAACCGAUUGUCAAUACCAAAGCCCAACUUAAAUACAACGGGAGUCAACAUGAUGUCCAAUGUUCACCUGCAGCAAAACAACUAUGGAGUCAAAUCUGUGGGCCAGAGCUAUGGUGUUGGCCAGUCAGUGAGGCUGGGGCUAGGUGGCAGUGCUCCAGUCUCCAUCCCUCAACAGUCUCAGUCUGUGAAACAGUUACUUCCAAGUGGAAAUGGGAGGUCCUACGGGCUAGGUGCUGAGCAGAGGCCCCCAGCAGCAGCCAGGUACUCCCUGCAGUCUGCCAACACCUCCUCUCUACCCCCAGGCCAGGUGAAGUCUCCCUCCGUGUCUCAGUCACAGGCAUCUAGAGUAUUGGGUCAGUCCAGUUCUAAACCUCCACCAGCAGCCACAGGCCCUCCUCCAAGCAACCAUUGUGCCACUCAGAAGUGGAAAAUAUGUACAAUCUGUAAUGAGCUUUUUCCUGAGAAUGUCUACAGUGUUCACUUUGAAAAGGAACAUAAAGCUGAGAAAGUCCCAGCGGUAGCUAACUACAUUAUGAAAAUACACAAUUUUACUAGCAAAUGCCUCUACUGUAAUCGCUAUUUGCCCACAGAUACCCUACUCAACCAUAUGUUAAUUCAUGGUCUGUCUUGUCCAUAUUGCCGUUCCACCUUCAAUGAUGUGGAGAAGAUGGCAGCACACAUGCGAAUGGUUCAUAUUGAUGAAGAGAUGGGACCUAAAACGGAUUCUACUUUGAGCUUUGAUUUGACAUUGCAGCAGGGCAGUCACACCAACAUUCAUCUCCUGGUGACCACAUACAACCUGAGGGAUGCCCCAGCUGAGUCAGUUGCUUACCAUGCCCAAAAUAAUGCCCCAGUUCCUCCAAAGCCACAACCAAAAGUUCAAGAAAAAGCAGAUGUCCCAGUUAAAAGUUCACCUCAAGCUGCAGUGCCCUAUAAAAAAGAUGUUGGGAAGACCCUUUGCCCUCUGUGCUUUUCAAUCCUAAAAGGACCCAUAUCUGAUGCACUUGCACAUCAUUUACGAGAAAGACACCAAGUUAUUCAGACAGUUCAUCCGGUUGAGAAAAAGCUAACUUACAAAUGUAUCCAUUGCCUUGGUGUGUAUACUAGCAACAUGACCGCCUCAACCAUCACUCUGCAUCUAGUCCACUGCAGGGGUGUUGGAAAGACCCAGAAUGGCCAGGACAAGACAAACGCACCUUCUCGGCUCAAUCAGUCUCCAGGCCUGGCCCCUGUGAAGCGCACGUAUGAGCAAAUGGAAUUCCCACUGCUAAAAAAGCGGAAGCUGGAGGAGGAUAAUGAUUCCCCUAGCUGCUUUGAAGAGAAGCCGGAAGAGCCUGUUGUUUUAGCUUUAGACCCCAAGGGUCAUGAAGAUGAUUCUUAUGAAGCUAGGAAAAGCUUUCUCACAAAGUACUUCAACAAACAGCCCUAUCCCACCAGGAGAGAAAUUGAGAAGUUAGCUGCCAGUCUAUGGCUAUGGAAGAGUGACAUUGCCUCCCAUUUCAGUAACAAGAGGAAGAAGUGUGUCCGUGACUGUGAGAAGUACAAGCCUGGUGUGCUGCUAGGUUUUAACAUGAAAGAAUUAAAUAAAGUCAAACACGAAAUGGAUUUUGAUGCUGAGUGGCUAUUUGAAAAUCAUGACGAGAAAGACUCAAGAAUCAAUGCUAGCAAGACUGUUGACAAAAAGCUUAACCUUGGGAAAGAAGAUGACAGCUUCUCAGAUAGUUUUGAACAUUUGGAAGAAGAAUCCAAUGGAAGUGGCAGCCCUUUUGACCCUGUCUUUGAAGUUGAGCCUAAAAUUCCCAGUGAUAAUCCAGAGGAGCCUGUACCGAAGAUAAUUUCUGAAGGUGCUUUGGAACCUGAGAAGCUAGACCAAAAAGAGGAGGAGGAGGAUGGUUCAAAAUAUGAAACUAUCCAGUUGACUGAGGAACCAGCCAAACUAAUGCAUGAUGCCUCUGAUAGUGAGGUAGACCAAGAUGAUGUAGUUGAGUGGAAGGAUGGUGCUUCGCCGUCUGAGAGUGGACCUGGUUCCCAACAUAUCUCAGACUUUGAGGAUAAUACUUGUGAAAUGAAACCAGGAACCUGGUCUGAUGAGUCUUCCCAGAGUGAAGAUGCAAGGAGCAGUAAGCCAGCUGCCAAAAAAAAGGCUACAGUGCAAGAUGACACAGAGCAGUUGAAGUGGAAGAAUAGUUCCUAUGGAAAAGUUGAAGGGUUUUGGUCCAAGGACCAGUCACAGUGGGAAAAUGCAUCAGAGAAUGCAGAGCGCUUACCAAACCCACAGAUUGAGUGGCAGAAUAGCACAAUUGACAGUGAGGAUGGGGAACAGUUUGACGGCAUGACUGAUGGAGUUGCUGAUCCCAUGCAUGGCAGCUUAACUGGAGUGAAGCUGAGCAGCCAGCAAGCCUGAGGCCCUGGUGUGCCAUAGCAUAUGGGCUGUGUUGCAUCCUGGACUUCGGCUCUCCUUCCAGUCUGACUGCAAAGCUGUCUUCUGACGGGCACUAUUUGCAAGGACUGGUCAGUCAGCAGGCUGUGGGGAUAUGUGACCACUGCAGUCCCCGUGGUUAUUUCCAAGUCUAUGACAUAUGAUUGGUUGAUCUUGCUUCAGACUCUUCUCUGGUAGACUUCAUCUGGUGAUGAAGUGUGAAAAAACAAUAAGCUGGUGGCUCAUGAAUGCACACAGGGAAAAGUAGUAGUUCAUUACCUACCUGCCUUCCCAGCGUUUCUUUCCCUCCUCAGUAAGAUAUUUGGUUGGAUGUCCUGGGAAAGCCUUACCCUGAUUCACAUAGUAGUGCAGGGCGGGCAUACACACUACCAGUCAAAUGUGUCUAGUAGACUUGGGAACAUGGACUUUUUUUUCAUGUAUUCAUUCUGAAUAGUUGAAAUGUAUAUUUGUACAGUCUUUUAGACCUCAAGUGAUGCUUAUGACACUGUUACUGUGUGCCCGUCAUAGAUUGGUUUUUAGUGUUGCCCUUGCUGUGUGAUAAAUGCUAUAUCUAGUUUACCUAGCAGAAGCUUGACCCUGCGAUAGUAUGGACCUUUGAACAGACUUAGUUUUUGCACAUAACCUUGUACAAUCUUGCAACAGAGGCCAGCAACAUAAGAUAUAUAUCUGGACUCUCCUGUAUUAUAGAAUUUUUUUUUCUUGUUCUGAGUAUCCUUGACAUUUGUCAAAAAUGGUAUUUCAGAUCUCUUUCUGAGACCUUUUAAGCUAAAAUAACAUGCAAGAAUUGAUUUUACAGCUACUAAUUUUGACACCUUUUAGAUCUGUAAGAGUGUUGUGUCAGAGCAGCAAGCACAGUUGAGUGCUGCGUUUGGGAUAUUUAGUUUCCUCUUUAGUUGAGCACCACUGGGUGUAUUCAUUUAUACCAUCUAAUAUAUGACACACUGUUGUAGUCUGUAUGAUUUUGUGGUCUUUAUUUCCCUUUGUAUUCAUUUUAAGCAUCUAAAUAAAUUGCUGUAUUGUGCUUAAUGUAAACAUUUGCUUUUAUUACACAUGACAGUCCUGUGUGUCUAUUACAUCUGCUGUUUGAUGCCACAGCACCCUGAGCAGAGAUGGAAGCCACUCACAAAGAAUACUGUGGGAAAUCACAAUCUAUCAUUUGCCUGAAGCAUGCUUUCUCUCCAGGCACCUGCUACAAAUUGUGUUCAUUUGUGUGUAUGUUUCCUUUUUGUUGCAAAAGUAAACAUCCUUGAGGUUUUCAAUUCUCCUUUUGGUAAGGAGCAGAGCCUGAGUCUCUAUGGUGAAGGACCUAACUGUCUUGGCCCCUGGUGGUCUUUCUUCCCUGUGUACUGUUCAUUCCCUCCUUAUAGCAACACUUGUACCAAAACAGGCAGCUACUGUGUCUCUGGAGUCCUUUGACUAUUGUGCCCUGAAGAGAAAGACUGACGAGCAUACAUUGGGGCACUUGGCACUGGCCAAGCUGGUACAUUGACUGGCCAAGAGAUUGCUGAGAGAACAGGCUAAAUGCAGGAUGCAAUAAGGGGGCAGAAGUGGCAGAACACUUACGGUGGUUAGGGCUUCUCCAUGUUGGGGGAGCUCAGCUAUGGCUCAGCUACAUUGCCUCAUAGAAGUCAGAAGUGGCUACCUUCAGGACUCCGAAGCCUCUUUGAAGAAAAGACCUGUUUCCUGACCUAGUGACAGUUAAAGGAGAAUGUAGAUUCUAGCACGAGCUGCUGUGGCUGCCUUGGAGCUCUUCUAGUCAGUUGCUGGGCUACAUUAUAAAUAUGUGCAGCAGCUCUGGUCCUGGGGAGAGUUAUCUCCAUGUCCACAUGCUAAAGACCCAAUCAGAAACACCAGCUGAUUUUUAAGCCACCUCCCAUCUGUGGGAGUUUAGAUCUGCAAGGGCCACUAAUACUGGUACAGGUAGAAUGGAAGUUAGGUUGUGGUCCUCCCAGGACAUCUGUGCAGUCUAGGUGCUCACCUGCCAAAGUGAAUGAGUGAAACCUCAGCACCAAAAGGGGUUUAGCCACUGUGGAAAUGCGUUCCCAACUGGAAAUCAUGCUGACGCUCUAAAAGUGUCUCAAUAAAAGCCAUUUUGAAAGAA